AAACACACUGGGUGGGCAAUGUAAGUUGCUGACGCAAUAUUAAAAGCAACUCUAAUAAACAAGUGUCAACAAUGAAUAAACAUUCUGGAAGGAUGGGAUCUGGAUGGAGCAUCAGCUGAACGUAUGAUAAGAACCUCCAUUUUAGUCUCUUCUUUCGAGAGGUUAGAAACGUCAGGAAGAAUGGAAAUUGAGUGUGUGAGAAGAUUCUUAUGUUUGCUCAUAGUUCUCCAAGUACAGACAUUGUCCUUCACUGAAACACAUCGUCCUGCCUCAGACGUCUGUGCAACUCAUAUCAUCUUGCCAGGUCCAAAAGGUGAGCAAGGUGAAACAGGUGACCCUGGUGAUCCCGGAAAAACAGGAAAACUGGGUCCACCUGGACCAAAAGGAAUGAUUGGUGAACCUGGUCAGAAUGGAGAAGUUGGACGUAGGGGUAAAAUAGGUCCGGUUGGUUUAAAGGGUGAUAAAGGAAAUAAAGGUUACCCAGGACCACCUGGGUUGAAAGGUGAAUCAGGUAGCUUUUGUGACUGCGGAAGAUACCGGAAAAUUGUAGGACAGAUGGAUAUCAACAUUGCUCGUUUGAACAAUACAAUGCGCUUCGUGAAGAAUGUUAUUGCAGGUAUUAAAGAGACAGCAGAGAAAUUCUACCUAAUUGUGAAAGAAGGGAAGAAUUAUAAUGCUGCACUUCUGCACUGCCAAGACCGAGGAGGAACACUGGCAAUGCCAAAGGAUGAAGAGACAAACACACUGAUUGCUGCCUAUGUGAAUAAGACUGGUUUAUCUCGUGUGUUCAUUGGGGUGAAUGACCUAGAAAAGGAAAGACAAUUCAUGUACACCGACGCUACCCCUCUCCAGGAUUAUAGCCAUUGGAGACCAGGAGAACCCAACAAUGCAUUUGGUGGUGAGGAUUGUGUAGAAAUUGUAAGCGAUGGAGGUUGGAAUGAUGUGGAAUGCCAUAUCACCAUGUAUUUCAUCUGUGAGUUUUUAAAGAAGUUUUCAUGAUCUAAAAGGAGUUUGUGGGUUUUACCAAAGGUAACACUCACUAGUGGCUUAUAAUAAAAACAUUUUGUUUUUA